ACUCGGGCCCUCGGAACUAGGGGUGAGGGGUUGGGAGAAACCGGGGAGACCAAGAGGUAGGCCUCGGCCUCUCCACCCGGAGGGGCUCCCUAGGGCCAGGUCCACACUCGGGCAGAGGACGAAUUUGGCCUCGCCCCAGUACAGCUGGCUGUCAAGAUCGGACCCCGCCUUUAGAGCAGACAGGACCACAUUGCAGAAAUUCGUGCCACCUCGGCAGAGGAAAAAUACCAGAAAGCGUUUCAGUCCAAAUGAAGAGAUUCGUCAGAAAUCUGCCCCUGGUGAAGCUGGAAUCCCCCACCCCGCUGGUGACGGAGGCGGGUGAGACGGGCUGUGCCUGAGCAGACCCUGUGACUCAACAUUCUCGCUUGGACUUGAACCACCUCCUGUAGUUAGUACUUACUGGACACGCAUAUUCAGUGGGCUCUGGAUUCCAGAUUUGGUGGCAGUUAUGGGAUCCAAAGUGAACUUCUGGCAGCAUUUGGGGACAACAAGAAAUAUAGGGCAGCCAGGAGUGUCUGAAGAAUGUCACCUGUAUCCCAUGGCGGGGGGGUUGUGGGGUGUCAGCUUCUGCUUUGUCCUCAGCUUGCCUUCUGCUCCCUCAUCAUUAAGAAGGAGGAAUUUAUGUUACAUGUGGAGCUUUAAUUUUUGUUCUAAUUUGUUUUUUUCAUCUUGGAAAAAGGAUUCCAAGGAUUCCCUUGUCCUAAAAUUUUGGGAGCAGACCUAAGCUCAACCUUCACCGGGGAGCCAAGCCCAGCCAGACCUUCAAACCAGAAGCCAAGUUCUCAGGACAGUAAGAAUCACUUGAUGACUGGUUUGUCAGCAUAAUGACUUCUACGAACCGAACCAGUGAAAUAAUUACAAAGCUCAAAGAAAGCGAACAAUGUCUCCUGAAGGAGAUAAAUGAAAAGCGUGAAUCCAACUGCCUUGUGGAAAGAAGCAAUCAAGUCAGUUUACUGAGAGUUCAAAAGAGGCAUUUCAGUGGUGCCUAUAUGCCCUCAACUCACACCCAAAUCAAAGAAUAUGUUCCUGACAGUGGCAGGAGCUCCUGGCUCACACUGAGUCUCCUUGCUCACACGGAGAAAAAGCACUUUCCUGCAAAAAAUAAUGCCAUAUUUGGAUAAAGUGCAUCUCCAGAGACACAAAGAAAUAUAAUCUCUUUGAUCCUUCCUCAAUGUCUAUCUUAUUUACAAAUAUUAAUUAUAAAAGAAGAAAAAAAAUUAUUCACUGGAUCACCAAGAAAACAUUUUAUUGUCACAUAAAACAUAUCUUAUUCAUUCCAAACCAUUAUUUAGACUUGGAUGUUCUGGAGAGGUUUUGAGUGAUUAAAGAUAGUUUCAAAGAUGAAUGACCAAAAAGUUCA